CUACCAGGACCUGGACCCAGCUGUGUGUCCAUGAAGAGUAACCGGUCUAAGGAUCAACCUCUAUUCUUCAAAGAUGUCCGUCCCACUGCUGAUGCAAGUUCACAUCAGCAGAGAAGAAAGUCUCCUGAACCCAGAUGUGUGUCCAUGAAGAGUGAUCAUUCUAUUGGUCGAUGGAUUGACUUCAAAGAUGAUCAGUCUAUGGAUGGAAGGAUGAACUUCAAAGAUGAUCAGUCUAUUGAUAAUUUCAUUAACUUCAAAGAUGGAGGCCGUUCUUAUGACCCACAAGAGGACCAGGAGAUCUCAGAGGUUCCCACAGAGUCUGCCCAGCAGCAUCAAACCCACCUGGACUCCAUCUUCAUGCUGCUGGAGGAGAACAUCCUCACCUUUGUGAAGAACGAGCUGAAGAAGAUCCAGAAGGUUGUGAGCUCAGAUUACCCAGAAUGCUUAGAGAAGGAGGAUGAGGAGGUGCUGGAUGAAGCGCAGAGGAGGAGCAGAGAGGCAUUUGUGAAGAUCUCAGUGCACUUCCUGAGGAGAAUGAAGCAGGAGGAUCUGGCUGAGCGUCUGCAGAGCAGACUUCCUGCUGGAGUUUGUCAGCGUGAACUCAAAUCCAACCUGAAGAAGAAGUUCCAGUCUGUGUUUGAGGGCAUCGCUAAAGCAGGAAACCCAACCCUUCUGAAUGAGAUCUACACAGAGCUCUACAUCACAGAGGGAGGGACUGCAGAGGUCAAUGAAGAACAUGAGGUCAGACAGAUUGAAACAGCAUCCAGGAGACCAGCCAGACCAGAAACAACCAUUAGACUAGAAGACCUCCUCAAAGCCUCAGCUGGAGGAGAAGAACCAAUCAGAACAGUGAUGACUAAGGGAGUGGCUGGCAUUGGGAAAACAGUCUUAACACAGAAGUUCACUCUGGACUGGGCUGAAGACAAAGACCACCAGGACAUACAGUUCACAUUUCCAUUCACCUUCAGAGAGCUGAAUGUGCUGAGAGAGAAGAAGUUCAGCUUGGUGGGACUUGUUCAUCACUUCUUCAGUGAAACAGGAAUCUGCAGGUUUGAAGAGUUCCAGGUUGUGUUCAUCUUUGACGGUCUGGAUGAGUGUCGACUUCCUCUGGACUUCCACAACAAUGAGAUCCUGACUGAUGUCACAGAGACCUCCUCAGUGGAUGUGCUCCUCACAAACCUCAUCAGGGGGAAGCUGCUCCCCUCUGCUCGCCUCUGGAUAACCACACGACCUGCAGCAGCCUAUCAGAUCCCUCCUGAGUGUGUUGGCAUGGUGACGGAGGUCAGAGGGUUCACUGACCCCCAGAAGAAAGAGUACUUCAGGAAGAGGUUCAGAGAUGAGGAGCAGGCCAGCAGGAUCAUCUCUCACAUCAAUACCUCACAAAGCCUCCACAUCAUGUGCCACAUCCCAGUCUUCUGCUGGAUCACUGCUACAGUUCUGGAGGACGUGUUGAAGACCAGAGAGGAAGGAGAGCUGCCCAAGACCCUGACUGAGAUGUACAUCCACUUCCUGGUGGUUCAGUCCAAAGUGAAGAAGGUCAAGUACGAUGAAGGAGCUGAGACGGAUCCACACUGGAGUCCAGAGAACAGGAAGAUGAUCGAGUCUCUGGGAAAACUGGCCUUUGAUCAGCUGCAGAAAGGCCACCUGAUCUUCUAUGAAUCCGACCUGACAGAGUGUGGCAUCGAUAUCAGAGCAGCCUCAGUGUACUCAGGAGUGUUCACUCAGAUCUUCAGAGAGGAGAGAGGACUGUACCAGGACAAGGUGUUCUGCUUCGUCCAUCUGAGUGUUCAGGAGUUUCUGGCUGCUUUUCAUGUCCAUCUGACCUUCUUCAGCUCUGGUGUCAAUCUGCUGUCAGGAGAACCUGGACCAAUGCGUCUCUACCAGAGUGCUGUGGACCAGGCCUUACAGAGUCAUAAUGGACACCUGGACUUGUUCCUCCGCUUCCUCCUGGGUCUUUCCCUGGAGACCAAUCAGAGUCUCCUACGAGGUCUGCUGACACAGACAGGAAGUACCUCACAGACCAAUCAGGAGACAGUCCAGUACAUCAAGGAGAAGAUCAGUGAGAAUGUGUCUCCAGAGAAAAGCAUCAAUCUGUUCCACUGUCUGAAUGAACUGAAUGAUGGUUCUCUAGUGAAGAAGAUCCAAUGGUCCAUUAGAUCAGGACGUCUCUCCACAGAUAAACUGUCUCCUGCUCAGUGGUCAGCUCUGGUCUUCAUCUUACUGUCAUCACAAGAAGAUCUGGAGGUGUUUGACCUGAAGAAAUUCUCAGCUUCAGAGGAGGCUCUUCUGAGGCUGCUGCCAGUGGUCAAAGCCUCCAACAAAGUUCUACUCAGUGGCUGUAACCUCUCAGAGAGAAGCUGUGAAGUUCUGUCCUCAGUCCUCAGCUCCCAGUCCUCUAGUCUGAGAGAACUGGAUCUGAGUAACAACCACCUGCAGGAUUCAGGAGUGAAGCUGCUGUGUGAUGGACUGAAGAGUCCACACUGUGACCUGGAGACUCUCAGACUGAGUGGCUGUAACCUCUCAGAGAGAAGCUGUGAAGUUCUGUCCUCAGUCCUCAGCUCCCAGUCCUCUAGUCUGAGAGAACUGGAUCUGAGUAACAACCACCUGCAGGAUUCAGGAGUGAAGCUGCUGUGUGAUGGACUGAAGAGUCCACACUGUGACCUGGAGACUCUCAGGGUGGAGCCUGCUGGAGUCCGAUGGAUGACACCAGGUCUGAGGAAGUAUUCCUGUGAACUCACAAUCGACACAAACACAGUUCACAGAGAACUCAAACUGUCUGACAACAACAGGAAGGUGACACGUGUGAAGGAGGUUCAGUCACAUCCUGAUCAUCCAGACAGAUUUGACUACUAUCGUCAGCUGCUGUGUAGAACUGGUCUGACUGGUCGCUGUUACUGGGAGGUCGAGUGGAGAGGAAAAGUUUGUGUAUCAGUGAGUUACAGAGGAAUCAAGAGGAAAGGAAACAGUGGAGGCUGUUUGUUUGGAUAUGAUGAUCAGUCCUGGUGUCUCUGGUGCUCUGAUAAAGGUUACUCUGUCUGUCACAAUAAUACAGAAACACGCAUCAUCACCUCCUCCUCCUCCUCCUCCUCCUCCUCCUCCUCCUCCUCCUCCUCCUCCUCCUCCUCCUCUCAUAGAGUAGCAGUGUAUGUGGACUGUCCUGCUGGCUCUCUGUCCUUCUACAGAGUCUCCUCUGACUCACUGAUCCACCUCCACACCUUCAGCACCACAUUCACUGAACCUCUUUAUCCUGGGUUUGGGUUCUGGUCCUUUGGUUCCUCAGUGUCUUUGUGUCCUCUUCAGGACGGAGAGACUCCUCCUGGUGGAGAACCUUCCUCUCUGCUCACCACAUAGUUCAGUGUGUACAGCUGGUGGAGGUCCAUGUGGGUGUAGGUGCAGGUGGAGCAGGUGAGGGGUACCUGAGCUGGUCUGGACUCUGGGGGUCCACAGCUCUCUGGGACUUGUGCUGUUGCAGAUGAACGUGUGAAAGAGCUCAGCGAGGUGUGUUUUAAUGUCUCUGUGCUCGAUGCCUCUGUGGAUGAAUCAAUAAUCAUCAUUUAGAUGUUGGCUCCUAAUUACAGUUUAAUCUUAAUCUUUAUGUGUCACAAUGUUCAAGAAGACAUUUUAUACGACUAAUGUAUCUGUUUGAUAAAUUGUACUCAAAUUUUAACUUCAAAUGUUUCAAUGUGUCACAUUAAAGAUUAUUUCACAUUAUCUGCUUUGUUCCUUUUUAAAGCUUCAGCAAACCUCUGAAAAAAUCUUUAAUGACAGAUAUUAGUUACUUGUGUUUUUAUUAAAGUUACAUAGAAGUACAACGUUUAGUCCCUCCAUGUAGUACUUUGUGUUGUAUAAUUGUUAAUAAAGGUGUUUAAUGUGAAACUUUAUUGAUGAGCAGCGUUCUGCUCGUGGUGUCAUAAACUUUUCUUUCUUCAACAAGAACCUGAGAAACGAGUAAAUGUCCAUAACGCAGAAGAGCCUUUUUAUUUCUAUUAAUCAAUAGUUGGUUUGUGGUGAAUCAGAUGGUGGCCUGUGAGGGUCACUUUGGUCUCCAGCUCUUUAGUCACAUGACUUCCUGCUUCUUAAGGGACUUUUCAUUGUUAAUGUAAAGGUUUUAAAUUAACAAUAAAACACUCAAGAUUUAGCUGCAAUAAGUUUUAAUC